AUGAAUGAACUUCUUGCAGACGACAUGGCGCUAGCUGAUGAGCUAGACGAACAUGCUGCCGAUAGACAAGUCGUACAAAGCCAUCUGGAUUCUUAUGUGGAAAGUUAUGAAGCUCCGUAUGAUCAGAUUUAUUAUACAACAUGUACAGAUGUACUUAGUUGGUUCAAGUGUACCAGACGACGACUUAUGUACCGAACAGAAUACCGCCAAGCUUUCCAAACAGUUUACACUAGGGAUAAAGUCUGCUGUGAUGGCUAUGCAGAAAAUGGAGAUAUUUGUAUUCCUCUAUGCAAUGACUGUGACACUCGACAUGGUACUUGUAUUCGUUCUGAUGUGUGUGAAUGUGAUGCAGGUUACCAUGGCAAUGACUGCUCAAGUACAUGUAGUAACAACAUGUGUGGAGAUAACUGUGGUAUAUCUUGUUUAUCAGUGUGUGGUACUAAUGCUGAUACGUGUAAUCCCAGCACAUGUGAGUGCAGCUGUAAUCCAGGAUGGAGAGGUGAUUUUUGUGAUGAGCCUUGUCCAUAUGGAUAUUAUGGUCCUGGUUGUGUAUUGCUAUGUCAAUGUCAAAAUGGUGCCGAAUGUGAUUAUGUAGAUGGUUCCUGUACAUGUACUGCUGGCUGGCAACCACCUCUAUGUAAUACCCCUUGUCCAGAUGGAACUCAUGGUGAUGCCUGUACCGCUCUAUGCGACUGUCAAAAUGGUGGUGGUUGCAGUCCAUUAGAUGGAACAUGCGAGUGCACACCGGGAUGGAUGGGGGAUGUUUGUUCAGUGCCUUGUGAUGACGGUUAUUACGGUCAGGAUUGUCUUGAUAUAUGCGACUGUAGGAACGAUGGUAUAUGUGAUAAGGAGAAUGGGUUCUGUCAUUGUUUAGCUGGUUACCAUGGUGAAAGCUGUGAGGAUGAAUGUAAUCCUGGUAAAUAUGGUCCUGGUUGCCUGGAAGAUUGCUUGUGUCAAAAUGGUGCUGACUGUGCUAUAGAAGAUGGAUUUUGCAUGUGUACACUUGGAUUCCAGGGAGCUUAUUGUGAUGAAAGUGUGUGUGAAGUAUGGAAAUUUGGAGAAAACUGUGCACAUGACUGUCCUUGUGUUCAAAGUAACAGUUUAAGUUGUCAUCCCGGUAAUGGUCAGUGUUACUGUAAACCUGGUUAUGAUGGCAGUAAUUGUGAAGAGGAAUGUCCACAUCUUUGGUAUGGAGAAGGAUGUAUGAGUAUAUGCCAGUGUCAGAAUGGUGCACACUGUGAUCACGUGACUGGCGUAUGUACCUGUCCACCAGGUUUUACUGGUCAAUUCUGCGAUACUUCGUGUCCAGCUCCCACAUUUGGUCUUAACUGUGAAGGGACAUGCACCGUUUGUGAAAAUGAUGGCGUAUGUGAUCCAGUAAGUGGAAUGUGCAUAUGUACUCAAGGAUGGCGUGGUAAUGACUGCACUCUACAUUGUCCUGCUGGGACAUAUGGAUUGUUCUGCAAUAAAACCUGUGAUUGUGAAAAUGGGGCGUCUUGUAAUCACAUAUCUGGUCAGUGUCUUUGUACUCCUGGAUGGUUAGGUGAUCGCUGUGCAGAAACGUGUGAGAGUUGGAAGUAUGGUUUCAAUUGUGAGAAAGAUUGUGACUGCAAUUUAGAUAACUCUGCUGGAUGCAAUGCAGUUGAUGGUACAUGCAUAUGUCAUUCAGGCUACCAAGGUGCUCAUUGCAACAGUAUGUGUUCUAGUGGGUACUGGGGUGGUGCAUGUGACACACCAUGUGACUGUGAACAGCAGGCAUCUUGUGAUCCAGUAGACGGAACUUGUGAGUGUCCUGCUGGCUACACUGGUAGCAGAUGUGAAAAUAUCUGUAAUGAAGGUUUCUAUGGAAGGAACUGUGAGACACCAUGUCCUGAUUGCACUAAUACAAAUGGCAAUUGUGACCCAGUAGAUGGACAUUGUGGGUGUAAAAGCGGCUGGACUGGACCAACAUGUACACAAGCUUGUGCCCAAGGGUAUUAUGGGAAAGACUGUGGAAUGGAGUGUCACUGUGAGAAUGGUGCUUCAUGUAACAGUUUUGAUGGGGAGUGUAUAUGUGCACCUGGCUACACAGGACUAAUGUGCACUGAAGCAUGUCCAUGGGGUCGUUAUGGUGCUAAAUGUGCUGCUAAAUGUGAUUGCAAUAACAGUACAUGCGAUUCUUUUACUGGUAGCUGUGUUGGAUACUGUAGAAGUGGAUAUAGGGGAGAUAAAUGCGAAAAAGAAUGUGAAUAUCCAUUUUAUGGUUCAGGAUGUGCCUAUUUCUGUGGUUGUACCAGCGAUAAUUUCCAAUGUGACCCCGUCCAUGGUUGUAUAUGUGCCGUGGGAUUUAUUGGUGAAAAAUGCGAUCAAUCUGCUGCAGCAGCCAUAGCGGCUGAGAGCAAGGACGGCAUGAGUCCGGGCGUGAUUGGAGCCGUGGUCGGGGUCCUUGUCUUCAUGGUGUUGCUCAUAAUACUGCUAAUUGUUCUGUGGCGAUACAGACGUAUAUUCCGACCAUCCUCGAAAUAUAAUAAUGAUUUAAUAAAUGGUGGCGUGUCAUGGGCCAACAAUGAAGACGGUUUGAGAUACGAAAAUCCAAAUUACGAAGCUCCACGUGAACCUGGGUCAAGCGUCUCUGGACCGUAUGCAGUGCAGGAAUGGAGUGCAUCAAAAAUGCUCCAAACUGAAGCAAUGGAAUCCAACAAUAUUAUGCCUCAUAAUUGCCUUUUAAACUUUAUUGUUGGUUCAUUGUGUUUUACAGAAGUAGAUAUGUAUGAAAAUCAUUACUUGGUGCCUUCUCCACUUUCAGCAGAGAAGAAUGUCAAUCAGUUUUUUGAUUCCAAGGACAACGUCAAACCAAUAAAUAAAGACAUGUUUCCUAGAACUAGUGCUGAUCACACUCCUUACGCUAGUAUGGAAGACUUACAAACAAAAGAGGAAUCACCUUAUGUAGAACCAACUGAACACCCUUAUCAAAAUUUACCAUCACCAACGCCAACUGAUGCCGCAUUGACCCAUGAUUCCAGGCCACUUCCGGAAGUGCCCUAUGAUAAUAUUCCAUUCACUAGUGAAAAUGCCACUGAGACUACAGUUGAUGAGUCGCCUUAUGAUAACCUUACAUUCAAUACUGAGAACAAAACUGAGUAUGCAGUUGAGGGGGUUUUCCGAGUAAACGAUGACGACACGGAGUGCGGUAACAACAAUCAACUUGGCAAUGUGUCAGGACCAAUUUGUGGAGGGCAGGAGAACUCGCAGAUUAUCGUAGGAACCAAUGUUUUGUACAUCCCUAAAUCCAGUGUCAGAGGAAACCACUAUACUCCUGAUCCAACAGUUAGUUCAUAUACAUUUGAUGACAAACGGGACAAUGGAACAGAUUACAGUGCGUUUCCACUGCCACCACCAAUUCCUAUCGAUGAGUUCUCUAAAGGUGCUUCCAACAACUACUUCAGUCAACAAAGGUUUCCAAGUAACUAUGAUGAUGAAGAUAGCGAACCUGUGUAUGCCAGUAUGGAGGACAUUGCAGCCACAGUAAAGGAAUCACUUGCCGCAGAGAAACAAAGACUUGCAGCACUAGAGUCACCGUACCUAGAGCCAGUCACUAAUACAUACUCCAAUUUUGCAUCCACAUCUCCACCUGGGUCUCCAGUCACUAAUUAUCCUCAACAACACGAUUACAAAUAUCACAAUGACAACUAUGACAACCUUGUACGAUCACCACGGAAUAUCAGCGUCAUCAAGGAUCACUAUGAGUCAGCAGUCAGAGAGAAUGUGGAAUAUGAUGGACUUGAUCGGUCACCACGUCCAUUAAGUGAAGUCAACGAUGAUUAUGCUAGAGCUGGUGAUGAUAGUGUGGAAAACAAUGAAAUCGACGAUACACCAAAUCCUAUCAAUAAUGUUUGCAAUGAAGACAAUGCAGGGAAUCUUGAAUAUGACGGAUUUGUUCCCUCAGCUCAUCCAAUAAGUGAAGUCUAUGAUGAUUCCGCUAGAGCUGACGUCUGUGAUGUAGAAAACACUGGAUUUGAACAUUCACCAUGUGAAAUCGACAGUGAUUAUGUUAGAGAAGAUACCGAGAAUGUAAAUUAUGAUGGACGUCCAAUCAGUGACAUUUUAGAUCAAUAUGACACAGCAGGAGACCCAAGCCAAGUUAAAAAUGACCAUGAACUACAUAGCAGCAUAAAUUAACAGAGAGGAGUGUGCAGAGAUUUAUACGUGAGGGUCAAUAUUGAAAGAUUAUUAUAAACCCUUUGAGUUUCGAAAUUGUUCCUACUGCAGUUUGGUGCAAUAUUUUUUCUAUUCUUAUGUAUUUUUCAGUAAUUUGUUUGAUAUUUUGGAUCAAAUAGAUAUAAUUUUUUUAUUUGUUUCAAAAAAUCUAUAAAAUAAAUUAUGUGGGUUUUAUUUUGUAAAAGUCGACUGUGGCGUUCAAAGAGUAAAGUGAUGUUCAUAUAUUUUGAAUGACAUCAUAUUUUGAUAAUUUUGAUAAUUUUGGGGGAAAAAUGGUAAUAAUUUCAU